CUUGCCAGCUGGGGAGGUCUCAUGGCAGGGAUGCAGCUACUCCUGACCCUGACAGGGGUCCUAGCCACACUCAACCUUGCCCAGACCUGCAAGGGCACUGCCCCAGCCUCCCCCAGGACAGUGGAGACCUCAGUCCUUCGGGACUGCAUAGCAGAGGCCAAGUUGCUGGUGGAUACUGCCUAUAAUCAGACCCAGAGGAGUAUCCAGGAACGUCUUCGCAGUGGCUUGGCCAGCCCCAUGGACCUCCUGUCCUACUUCAAGCAACCAGGAGUGACCACCAGGAAAGUCAUUCGGGCCGCAGACUAUAUGCAUGUGGCCUUGGGGCUGCUGGAAGAGAAGCUACAACGCCAGGAUUCCAGACCCUUCAAUGUCACCGAUGUACUAACGGAACCCCAGCUGUGGCUGCUGUCUCAGGCCAGUGGCUGUGCCCUCCAGGACCAGGCUGAGAAGUGCAGUGACAAGUACCGCACCAUCACUGGGAGAUGCAACAAUAAGAAGAUACCCUGGCUGGGGGCCUCCAACCAGGCCUUUGCUCGCUGGCUGCCCGCCAGGUAUGAGGAUGGGCUGUCGCUCCCCUUCGGCUGGACCCCUGGCAAGAGGCGCAAUGGCUUCAUCCUCCCUCUUGUCCGGGCUGUCUCCAACCAGAUCGUGCGCUUCCCCACCCAAAGGCUGGCCUCCGAUCAGGGCCGGUCCCUCAUGUUCAUGCAGUGGGGCCAGUUCAUCGACCACGAUCUGGACUUCUCCCCGGAGUCCCCAGCCAGAGUGGCCUUCACUGUGGGUGUUGACUGUGAGAAGACCUGCGCCCAGGUGCCCCCCUGCUUUCCCAUCAAGAUCCCACCCAACGAUCCCCGCAUCAAGGACCAACAUGACUGCAUCCCCUUCUUCCGCUCAGCACCCUCGUGCCCCCAAAGCAGGAACAAAGUCCGAAACCAGAUUAAUGCACUCACCUCCUUCGUGGAUGCCAGCAUGGUGUAUGGCAGCGAGGUCUCUCUGGCCCUGCGGCUCCGCAACAAGACCAACCACCUAGGGCUGCUGGCUGUCAACCAGCAUUUCCGCGACAAUGGCCGGGCCCUGCUGCCCUUCGACAACAUGCGUGACGACCCCUGUCUCCUCACCAACCGCUCUGUGCGCAUCCCCUGCUUCCUGGCAGGUGACUCCCGAUCAACGGAAACUCCCAAACUGGCAGCGAUGCACACCCUCUUUGUGCGAGAGCACAACCGGCUGGCCACUAAGCUGAGAUGCCUGAACCCCCAGUGGAGUGGGGACAAGCUGUACAAUGAGGCUCGGAAGAUUGUGGGGGCCAUGGUUCAGAUCAUCACCUACCGGGACUUCCUGCCUCUGGUUCUGGGCAAGGCCCGGGCCAGGAGAACCCUGGGGCCCUACAAGGGGUACUGCUCUAAUGUGGACCCGCGUGUGGCCAAUGUCUUCACUCUGGCCUUCCGCUUUGGCCACACCAUGCUCCAGCCUUUCAUGUUCCGCUUGAAUAGCCAAUACCGGGCCUCAGCACCCAACUCACUUGUCCCACUUAGCUCUGCCUUCUUUGCCAGCUGGCGAAUUGUAUAUGAAGGUGGCAUUGACCCCAUCCUCAGAGGCCUCAUGGCCACCCCUGCCAAGCUGAACCGUCAAGACUCCAUGUUAGUGGAUGAGCUUCGGGAACGGCUGUUUCGGCAAGUGAGGAGGAUUGGGCUGGACCUGGCGGCUCUCAACAUGCAACGCAGCCGGGAUCACGGCCUUCCAGCAUACAAUGCUUGGAGGCGCUUCUGUGGGCUUUCCCAGCCCCGGAAUUUGGCACAGCUUAGCCGGGUGCUGAAAAACCGGGAUUUGGCAAGGAAAUUCAUAAAUCUGUAUGGAACGCCUGACAAUAUUGAUAUCUGGAUUGGGGCCAUUGCAGAACCUCUUUUGCCAGGGGCCCGAGUGGGGCCUCUUCUGGCUUGUCUUUUUGAGAACCAGUUCAGAAGAGCCCGAGCUGGAGACAGGUUCUGGUGGCAGAAAUGGGGUGUUUUCACCAAAAGACAGCGUGAGGCCCUGAGCCGGAUUUCCUUGUCUCGAAUUGUGUGUGACAAUACUGGUAUCACCACCGUUUCAAAGGACAUCUUCAGGGCCAACAAGUAUCCCCGGGGCUUUGUGAGCUGCAGCUCUAUCCCCAGGUUGAACCUGUCAGCCUGGAGAGGCACAUAAACCCUCUGCAGGUAAGAGCAGGCCUUCUCUAGCAGCUCUGGGCUGGGGCAGGCCCCCACCUUCCCUGGACAGGACAGCUGAGUCCUCUUAGGUGUCUAGGCAGAACAGAACUUGUCACUAGGGCAGGGGUCUCUUCCUGUCUGCCUUUCCAGUGUGCUUUUGGGCUGAUAAUUAAUCCUGGGGCCACAGACUUUGGAGGACAAUUAGGAAAUGCCCAACUAUCCUCAACCCGGUCACUAACACCCUCAAACAGCUCCAUUUCUGGACAUCCAGCAAAUUCCUCAUUUAGCCAGGUCUGUUAUUUCCACAGGAGUCUAUCCCAGCCUCUAAGCCUUGGAGACAAAGGGAAGUGGAAAACCAUGAGGCUGCCUUCUCCUUCUGGAGCAGCUGUAUCCUGCUGAUGCUUUGCUGGCUUCACCUCUGAGUUGGGUUCCUUGGCUGGGGGUGACAGCUGGUGCUCCUACCAAUAGUGGACUCACUUGCCUUAGGAACUUCUAAAGCAGUGGUUCUCAACCUUCCUGAUGCCGCGACCCUUUAAUACAGUUCCUCAUGUUGUGGUGACCCCCAACCAUAAAAUUAUUUUUGUUGUUAUUUCAUAACUGUAAAUUUGCUGUUAUGAAUUAAAAUGUAAAUAUCUGAUAUGCAGGAUGUAUUUUCAUUGUUACAAAGGGGUCGCGACCUACAGGUUGAGAACUGCUGUUAAGGUAUUAGGUUAUGAAUCAGUGCCAGGUGAACCAAGCCAUGCAGCCUUGAGGUGCAGGCAAGAAGUGCUAGCUACCAGCUCCUUUCUUCUGUUUCCUAGCCCUCUGAGCCCUCCCCCACCUGAAUGGGAGACCACAUAGUCCCA